AUUACUGCUCACACCUCCAAACUAUCAGCUCUUCCUCUGCCCUCCAUCUCUCGCCACUUUGUCAGCACGAGUCAUUGAGGAAGGACCACCUCUCUCCCCUCCUCUUCUCUUCAGUGUCUGGUAGAGGAAGACAGACGCCGCACUCACGAUGAUGUGGCUAGUGGCGGCGGGCCUGGUGCUCCUCCUGCUGUACCUGGGCACCCGGAAGCCCCGUGGAUACCCACCAGGUCCCCCGCGGCUGCCGUUGAUGGGUUACAUUCCCUUCAUGGACGCAAACCUCCCGCACAAGAAGCUGUGGCGUCUCUCCUCCACGUACGGGCCGGUGGUGGGGCUGUUCUUCGGUAACCAGCCCGCGGUGGUGGUGAACGGCUGGGAGGCGGUGAAGGAGGCGCUCUUGAACGAGGACCUGAACGGGAGACCGGAGUCUGCCUUCGUCACUGGAGCCUACAAUGGCAGUUACGGUGUGAUGUUCGUGGAGGGAGAGUUUUGGAAGGAGCAGCGACGCUUCACACUGCACCAGUUCCGAAAUUUGGGCUUCGCGAAGAGGUCCCACGAAGAGAUAGUCCACGAGGAGGUCCGGGCACUGAUACAGGAGAUCAGGGAGACUAAGGGCAGCAUCACCCUUCUUGGGAUGCUGGGCGUGUCGAGCAUCAACAUCCUCUGGGCCGUGAUGGGCGGGAAGAGGUUCAGUCGCGAUGACCCCCGGCUGAUGGACCUCGUACUCGUGCUCAACAAGGUCUUCCGCGCCGGCGAGGCCAGCGGCGGCAUCUCUCAAGCCAUGCCCUUCCUGGUUCCCUUCCUUCCUAAAAGCAACCCUUACCAUGUCGUCAAGAGCGGCUUCACACAAUCGACUGACUUUCUUAAGGCGGCGAUAGAGGAGCACAAGGCCACGCUGGACCCCGACAACCCGCGGGACUUCAUCGACACUUACCUCGUCGAGAUGGCGAAGCAGAAGCACGACCCAAACAGCACAUUCACAGAGAAUCAACUCACGGCCACCUGCACCGACAUCUUCAUGGCCGGCACGGAGACAGGGUCGGCGUCGGUGUCCUUCGGUAUCCUGCUGAUGGCGUUGCACCCGGAGAUCAUGGCCAGGGUACAGAAGGAGCUGGACGAGGUGGUGGGCCGCGAGCGUCUCCCUUCCCUCGAGGACAGGAACAAGCUGGUGUACACGGACGCGACGCUCAGCGAGGUGUUCCGCUUCCGAGGCGCAGCACCCCUCACCGUGCCGCACAAAGCCAUGCGGGACACCAUUCUCCAGGGCCACAGAAUUCCAGCGGACACGAUUCUGAUGCUGAACCUGUACUCGAUUCACAUGAACCCUGAGUACUGGGGCGACCCUGAGACCUUCCGCCCCGAGCGUUUCCUGAACCCAGACGGCUCCUACCGCAAGGACGAGCGCCACAUCCCCUUCGGAAAAGGUCGCCGCAUAUGCCUCGGGGAGUCCCUGGCGAGGAUGACUUCCUUCGUGCUCUUCACAAGCCUCCUGCAGAACUUCACCUUCACCCUGGACCCCGCCGUGCCCGUGCCCAACACCGAGGGAAUAUGUGGCUUCACCCUCGGCCCGCCAGAGUUCCGUGUCUUCGCCAAGCCCAGAGUGUGAGGGCGGGAGAGUCACCCACCCCUUCCCUGA